AAUUUAGAAAAUGAGAUAAAACCUUUUCAUCUGUUUAAUUUGCUUUCUCUUUGUUUACAUUUUAUUUUUUAUUCUCUCUCAUCACCAAUUAGUCAACUUGUUGUGAUUUACUUUCAAUUAAAAGCUUUAUCAUCUUGGAAAAUGUUUAAAAAAUUUGAUGAUUCUUGUGUUUCUGGAACUACUCAAUUGAAAUCUUCCGUUCAAAAGGGAAUCCGUAACAAGUUAAUUGAACAAUUUCCCAACAUUGAGGAGACCAUUGAUGAAAUUAUUCCCAAAAAAGAUACUCUGAAAGUGGUCAAAUGCCAGAAUCAUGUUGAACUGUUGAUCAACGGAGCUGGUGAACAUUUGUUUUUCCGACAGAGAGAUGAUCCUUAUCUUCCUACAUUGAAAUUACUUCAUAAAUAUCCGUUGAUUUGUCCAUUGAUGCAAGUUGAUUCCGGUGCCAUUCAGUUUGUCCUUCAAGGAGCCAAUGUAAUGUGUCCCGGUUUAACUUCCAGAGGUGCAAUCAUGACACCCGAUCUACCUGUUGGAUCGGUGGUCACUGUUAUCGCUGAUGGUAAACAACAUGCUCUUGCUGUUGGAAUUCUUAAAAUGUCAUCAAAUGAAAUAGCCCGAGUCAAUAAAGGAAUCGCUAUUGAAAGUUUACACUAUUUAAAUGAUGGUUUGUGGAGAUUAAAGCCGAUCAGAUAAUUGCAAUCUCUCACAUGUAAUGUUUAUUCAUCAAGAAGCUUUGAAAAAAAACACACUUGUUGAUGUUAUGGGUCAUCUAGUGUCCAAGUAGUUUCUUCAUCUUUGUAUUUUUUACAAACAAAUCUCUUGAUUUAAACAUUAAAUUCUUAAAUGAUCA